UUUGCGGCGACCAUGUCAUUAUUGCUCCGUCAUUGAACUACGAGACAAUAUUAGGUGAACCCGCAGAAUUUUUUUUUUGAACUACGAGACAAUAUUAGGGGAACCCGUGAAAACCACUGCAACGGCAUUGGCGUCACAAGUCUAUCCUUCCCGCGUCAACGGCAGCAGGUCCAUGGCGAACACCGUGAUCCUGUACCCCGGCCUCACCGUGAGCCACUUCGUCCCCAUGGUGCACCUCGCCGGCGCCCUCGUCAACCACGGAUACGCCGUCUCCGUCGCGCUCAUCGACCCCGCCGUCAACGGGGACCCCGCCUUCCGCGCCGUCGUCGCCCGCGCGGUCGCCUCCAUGCCGUCCCUCCGAUUCCACGCGCUCCCGCCCUCCGAGGACGCGCCCACGCUGAGCCCCGACGCGCCGUUCAUCCCCAGGUACCUCGACAUCGUCGGCCGCCACAACGACCGCCUCCGCGACUUCCUCUGCUCCUUUGCACGCGGCGUCCACGCCGUGGUCGUUGACUCGCUGUCCGUCGGGGCGCUCGGCGUCGCCAAGCGGCUCGGGAUCCCCGGGUACGUCAUGUUCACCUCCGGCGCGGCCGCCCUCGCCGCCUUCGUCCAGCUUCCUUCCGUCCUCGCUGAGGUGCGGACGAGGUUCCAGGAGCUAGGCGACGCGCCGCUCGAGUUAUUCGGCCUUCCGCCCAUGCCUGCCUCCCACCUGAUCGGCGAAUUGCUCGAGGACCCUGAGAGCGACACCUACAAGGCGACGGUGAUCGCGCUGUACGGGAUCCCGGAGGGCGAUGGCAUCCUGGUGAACACGUACGAGUCGCUGGAUGCUGGGGUGGUGGCAGCGCUCGGCGACCCUCGGUGCCUCCCGGGCCGGAUCAUGCCACCGGUGUACUGCGUCGGGCCAUUCGUUGGGGGCGUCGGAAGCGAGGCGAAAGACCGGCAUGAGUGCCUCACGUGGCUAGACGGGCAGCCGGACGGCAGCGUCGUGUUCCUCUGCUUCGGCAGCGGGGGAAGCCACUCGGCGGAGCAGCUCAAGGAGAUCGCCGUCGGCCUGGAGAACUGCGGCCACCGGUUCCUGUGGGUCGUGGGAAACCCUUUCAACGACGACCAGGCCAAGCCGUUCGACCAGGACCUCGACGCUCUCUUGCCGAACGGGUUCCUGGCCCGCACCAGAGGCCGUGGCCUCGUUGUUAAGCAGUGGGUGCCGCAAGCAGAGGUGCUCCGCCACAGGGCCACCGGCGCGUUCGUGACGCACUGCGGGUGGAACUCUGUGCUGGAGGGCCUGACGGCCGGCGUGCCGAUGCUGUGCUGGCCGCUGUACGCGGAGCAGAAGAUGAACAUGCUGCGCAUGGUGGGGGAGAUUGGAGUCGCCGCGGAGAUGGUCGGGUGGCAGCGGGGGCUGGUCGAGGCAGCCGAGGUGGAGGGCAAGGUGAGGCUGGUCAUGGACUCCGAGGAUGGCAUGGAGCUCCGGGCGCGGGCGGCGGCACACAAGGAAGGCGCGGCCGCGGCUUGGAGCGACGGCGGCUCAUCGCGCGCGGCGUUUGCCCAGUUCUUGUCGGAUGUCGUCAGACGGCAGCCUCAGACUCGUGGUGAUCCAUGAGAGGGAUGUGUGUUGUACCAGAGCGCGUAUCCAGAAACAAGAAAGGAACGACCUCAGGGCGCUCCUCAGCGAUUUCGGCUUC